AUAACAUUAAACAGUUAUCUAAAUAAGUAGGCCGCGCUCAGUUAUAUAGUUGAUUUGAGUAACGAAAUGUUUAUUGUUUUAAUAUUAUCCAGUCUAGUGGUGUUUUCAUCUAGUCAGAUGUUAUCAUUAAAUGAAGCUGUUUUAAAUGGAAAAUCAAAUGAAGUUAAAAAACUUUUAGAAGCAGGAGCAUUUUUGGAAAGUAAAGAUGAUAAAGGCAGAACGCCACUUCACAUUGCUGCUGAGUGGGGUCAUGAUGAGAUUGUUGACGUUCUUCUCAAAUUCGGUGUUCGAUUGUCUGCAAGAGAUGACUAUGGAAGUUCUCCUUUGCAUUUAGCAGUAAUAAAUAAACAUAUAAAGGCUGUUAAGAGGCUGGUUCUUUGUGGUGCCAAUGUGAAUGCUGUCGAUGCUGCCGGACGUAAUGGCCUUCAUUUAGCUUCAAUAAAUGGUCAUGUGAAAGCUAUCGAAAUACUUAUUAAUCAUGGAGCCGAUUCAAAUAAUGAAGACAAUAUUGGAAAUACUCCUCUUCAUUAUGCAGCAUGCUCUAAUAAUACCAAAGCUGUAAUUCUUCUUCUAAAAAAUGGAAAUCUAAAGUCCAUAAAAAAUCAAGAAGGUCGUACAGCAGUCGCAGUUGCAGCUCAGUGCGGGAAUAUAGGCACAUUUAAAGUUUUACUGGAAGGAAAUAAUAGAAUUCAUGAUCUUAAUAUUCUAAGAGAUAACUAUGGUAAUACUUUGUUACAUUUGGCUGUCAGUACAAACAAGAUUUCUGUUGCUAAAUACCUGUUGAGCCAAUUAGGUGUUAGCACUGAAACUAGGAAUAAUUUUCUUCGUACUCCUCUUCACAAUUGCACUGAACUCGGACUGAACGCUGCUGUUAAGCUUUUGAUAAACCAUGGUGCAGAUACUGAAGCUUUAGACGCUGCUGGAAACAAACCAAGAGAUUUAACUUUAAAUUCUUCUAUAUUUGAUCUUCUUCAAUAUAAAUUGAAGAUUUCCAAUCAGCCAAUGAGCAAUAAACAAUUGAAUUGUUCUACUGACCUCCUGAGUGCCCUAUUAUCAAGAAAUAUUACGCUUCUUAGCGAAUUGGUAAAAGAACGCAGAAAAUAUACAUACGACGACAACUGCCUUACUCCUGUCCAAUCAGCUGCAACAUCUUGCCAACUUGAUAUGCUAAAAUAUCUUUCAGAACUAGGAGAGGAAAUGGAUGCAAAGUUUCAAGGUGGUAUUACAUUGUCACAUUUAGCUAUAUUCCCCUCAAAGAAGGAGCUAAAGCAGAAAGGGAUGGACAUUGAUAAACUCCACCAGCCACCUAACUGGGAAGAAUGUCCAGGAGUUACAAUAACACCAUUAAAAUCUUAUCAUGGAGGAAAUGAUCCUCUAUUUAUACUCAUAGAUGGAGACUGUGGUAUGGAUCUUCUUGCGAUCUUAAAACAAUUAAAAAUUGAUAUUAGUCAAGUAGAUAACUUUGGAAGAAAUCCUCUUCACUAUGCCGCUAAGUUUGGAAACAUUAAGGGCGUUCUUUUCCUACUUGAAUCUGGUCUUAAAAUUGACACAAAGGAUAAAGUGAAAAAGACUCCCUUAUACAUCGCAGUAGAAGAAGGCCAUAUCGAUAUCGUCGAACUUUUAAUAAUGAGGAAUGCAAAUAUCAACAUCUAUACAGAACAUAAGUGGUUUCCAGUACAUGCUGCUGCCAAACAUGGUCAUUUAAAAGUAAUGGAACUUCUAAUUAGAGCUGGCGCAGAUAUUCAUUCUAAAUCAAUGUGCUACGAGAGGAUGCCCCUGCAUCAAGCUGUUUGGUAUAAUAAGACGGAAAUAAUUUCAUUACUAAUUGAAAAACAUGUGGAUGUCAAUCAUCCUGAUCUCUGGGGGCGAUCGCCUCUGCAUUUGGCAUCUGAAAAAGGUUAUGUCGAAAUUGCAUUACAACUGUUGUUAGCAGGUGCCAACAUAGACGCAAAAAUGAGAGAGAAGAAAACGCCUGCAAUGGUUUCUAUUGAAUCAAACCAACUAGGUACCUUCAAGGUACUUUUAGAGCAUGGAGCUGAUGUAAACCAAAUUACCCAAGAUAGAAGAAAUCUGUUACAUUUAGCGGCAAGAGGAGGUAAUCCGGAAAUCAUAAGCCUAUUAAUAUCUAGAGGACUGAAUAUAAAUUCAAAGGAUUCAAUUGGUAGGACACCUCUGUUCAAUGCUGCAGAAUGUGGAUGCCCACAAGCAAUGGUUACCUUGAUAGAUAGAGGAGCCGAUCCGUCGAUUCUCACACAAAAUAAAGAAACUAUUCUUCAUGCAGCGGCUUCAAGUGGUAACGAAAAUGCUACUCUUUUGGCUUUAAGAUACAUCAAAAAUAUUAACGCUCAAAACGUACAGGGGCAGAGUUCCUUAUACCGAGCAGCCUUCCAUGGGCAUAUCAACAUAUUUCAGUUAUUAUUUGAUAAAGGAGGAGAUCCCAACCUUAGAAAUAUCUACAACGAAACACUUCUACACUUUGCAGCUAUCGGUACUAAUGAUUUACUAGUAAAAAGACUUGUUCAAAACAUGAGCACUACAGAAAUUAAUCUUCAAGAUAACGAAGGAAAAACUGCUCUUUUUCGUGCUGCAGUCAAUGGUAGGUACAGUAUAUUCCAAAUACUGUACGAAAAAGGUGGAGAUCCAAACAUUGCUCCAGAUGAUGGCUUUACGCUACUUCACUGGGCUGCACAAAUUGGCAACGUCCAGAUUAUUCAACAUAUUCUGAAAAGAGUCAGAAGUGUCAAUGCUAUUGACAAAAAGGGACGUACACCGUUAUAUAUAACGAUGGAAUUUGGUAGGGAAGAAGCCUAUUUCUUUCUUCUGAAAAAAUGUAUAAAAAAAUGGGAAGACUUCAGGACAAUCGAAAGAAGAACUCUGUUACAUGCUGCUGUAAUAGGUGGAAAUAUUAGGAUCAUGAAUGACAUUCUGAAAACUAAACAAAAUCUUGAAGUUCAGGAUUCAGAUGGAAGGACUCCAAUGUUCCUGGCCUGUGGAUUGGGCCGUAAACAUAGUUAUGACGUGUUAUUGACUGCUGGUGCAUCUCUAAAUACUCGUACAAACGAUGGAAGGACGACACUUCACGCUGCCGCCUUCGGUGGUAAUCGACUCAUAGUUGAAUCAAUCUUAAACAUGACCAGAUUGGUCAACGUGCGAGAUUCAUCUGGGAGAUCGGCAAUAUUUUACGCUGCUGAAAGGAGCCGGACGGAUGUAUUUAAUCUUCUAAUCAAUAGAGAAGCGGAAUUAAAUUAUAAAACUGAAGGAGGUUGGACGAUUCUUCAUUCAGGAGCUAAAGGAGGAGACCCGAGUAUAGUAGGAACAAUUAUAUCCCGUACAAAAGAUGUUAACAUUCAAGAUACUGAGGGGUGUACUCCCUUGCAAAUAGCAAUAAAUACUUAUUGUUGUAAGGGUCAAGCAUUUCAGAGGUUAAUCAAGGGAGGUGCUGAUCCGAACAUAGCUGACAAUGAAGGGACUACUGUUCUUCAUAAGGCUGCUCGUUAUGGAGAAAUGUAUUUUGCAAUAUCUGUGCUUAAUAUCACAAAUAAGUCAAUCAAUGCCUUGGACAAAUAUGGAAGAACACCAUUACAUUGGGCUGUGUACUACGACCAAAUAGAUAUAGUAACGUUACUUGCUAAGUUCAAAGCUGAUCCUCACAUAGAAAAUAUUCAUGGCUACACCCCAUUGACUUUAGUAGCAGCAAUGGGUUCUCUCGAUAUGAUCAAGCUAUUUUCGCACUACGAAUAUAGUGGGGAGGCUGUAUUAGGUAUAGCUCUUGCUUGGGGAAAUCGAGAUAUUAUUCUCUACCUGUUAGAAAACAAGAUCGUUCCAACGGAAAAUAAUAAGGUCCAUUUCGCUGCUGCUAGAGGUGAUGACGAAGAAUUAGAAAGACUUUUAGCUCAUAAUGUAUCAACUAACGGACAGAACUUUACGGAGCUUAUGAAAGAAAUAGUCAAAGAAUACCAACGAUUUACAACUAAACUUGAAGAGGAUGAAGUAGAAAUCAUUAAUCCUUUAGAUUUCAACCUGACGCCAUUAGAUAUGGCUAUUUUCUUCAAUGGAUCUUCCAGAACUGUCAACAUUAUCCUCAAUAAACUAAAUAUUGAUCUUAUGAUGAAUGAUCGCUCGAGAUGGACAGCACUGGAUAUAGCGGCAUUCUGUGGAAAAGAAACACUUGUCAGACAUUUAAUUGGUAAGGGAGUAAAAGUAGAUUUUCCAGGACAAGACUCGUGGACAGCUAUGCACAAGGCAGCAUGGGGGGGUCAUAGUACAAUAAUCAAGACAUUAUAUCAUAACAGUGCAGACAUCAAUAGAAGGGAUGUUUUGGAAAGAACCCCUUUACACAUUGCAGCUAUGAGAGGCUACAACACAAGUGUUGAUACAAUUAUCCAACUAAGUAUGGAUAGUCUCAACUUGAGAGAUAGAUAUGACUUCACUCCAUUGCAUCUGGCAGAAAUAUUUGGACACCAAAGAUUUUUUGAAAUACUUGAAUACACAAGUAUUACUAUUGACCCUCAAGAUCGAUACAGAGUUCGAGAUCCUGGUUUGGUUCAAUCCAAACUAAGAAAUCACACGAGAACAAUUGAACUUUUGUUGGAAAAAGGUGCUAAUGUGGACAUACAGGAUAAGGCAUUUGGAUGGUCAGCCUUACAUUGGUCUGCUGCUAUCGGUCAUUUGGAAGUCACAAAAAUGCUUGUUAAAAACGGAGCCCAAAUAAAUCUGCCCUCUAGGAUUGAUCAGACACCAAUGUACCUCGCCAGACUAUGGGGUAGAAACGAAAUUUAUUACUUCUUACAAUCACAGGGUGGAGUAUGGUAAAUGUUUCAUUUUAUCAAAUGAUCACGCUUUAGAAGGUACAUAAAGACAAUGAUAUAAGAAUGGCCUUUAUCAAUAUUUCAUAUGUGAAAAAAUAUUUAGGAAAACAUUAUGUAUAGUUAUCAUGAUGAAUUAUUUAAUUUAUAUAAAAUGUAAAAUAAACAUUGUUAAAUUAC